UCUCACGUUGAAAGUAUUCUCACGUUGAUUUUAUGAAUAGAUCCUACGAAUUAGCGGACCAAAUCGGGUCGGUUGAUAGGAAUUUACAAUCCGCUUCCUGAACUAGUGCUUCAUUACGUAUAAAAGUAUCAUGAGAGAAUGGUCUGUAUUUUUUAUUUAAUACAACGAAAUUGUGAAGCACAUUAUAUUUUACGAUUGUAUAUGAAAAAAAAAUUAAUCGAUAAUAUCUUUGUUCUCAGAGAAAGUUAACUAAACAAAAAAAGUAACGGCGAAAAUCGCGAGAUCUUUUUAAUUUAACAAGCUUGUCAUCUAGUUGUAAGUGUACUCUGAUCUUUCAGGUUACUGGAACGAAACUUACGUCUAGGUAUAUUACAUGAAGGGAAAAAAAAAAAAAAAAUAAUAUAAGAUCACCUUUGACCCGAGCUCGUCAAGAGAGUAAAGCCAAAGAGAAUGAACGUAUGGAAUGGACGUUACGGGAGAACCGAGCUCCUUUUCCUUCUUAAGGAACUUACGACGAAAGUGUAACAGUAGGUUUCUCAAAGCAUCAACCAGGCGCUCCCUGUUUGGUACGCUGGAGAUGAACAAGUUUAUCCGAUAUAUGGAGACGUAUGAAACAGUCAAAGUUAACAACGCAUUGCUGCACGCUCUGUCGAGAGUUUGGUGGAAGGAGAAAGUCAUCCACCUGGUAGACAGAUCUCUACCUUUUGGAUCAUCAUUAAGUCUCCAGCUUUGCAGUAGAGACGAGACAAGAGGAGAGAAAAAUUCUAUAGACCUGUUUGUUGCAUAGAAAAAUAUAAUCUUCUCGAAUCGAGGACUCCUGCGAGUACUCAAUACGAUCAAAGUUUUAUAUCGAGUGUUAGAUAAUUUGAAAAAAUGAUAUCGUUGUCUAUUCUAUUACGACGGAAUCGUACGAAUAAGUGUACAAGUGUUGUAUCCUUCGUUUUAAUUUGAACGAGUUUACUCUAUUUAAUAAUCAUGGUCUUGAAAGGAUGAAUUGUGUCAAUGAACAAAUGUGUAAUAUUAAUAUGUAAUAUUUAUGUGUAAUUUAUGAUAAUAAUCGUACAUCGUGAAAUGCCGAAAAAAUUCGAAGCGGUCAGUAGAUGACACGAAGAGAUUCACGAAUCGAUUCGAAAUUAUUGUCUCUUUGUAAUUAUAAGAAAAACAUAUCUGAUGCAUCUCAUAGAAAUUGAUGUAUCCUUCGACGCGAUAGCAAAGCGAUUCGCUUGCAAGCGUAGAAGUGUUUUACCUUUAACUUUGAAAUUAAUUAUAUUUAUUAACGUCUUUUAUUGCGAAGCUCAAGGUAAUGUAACGCCAUAUACAAUAAAAAAAACGAGCCUUGGCUUAAUUCGUAGAAUUCAUCGCGAUGAUUCAAGUAUCAAAGGGCCAAUCGUUGAUUGGCGCGAAGAGAAUCAACAAGUAUCGGAACAUACCGAGUAUCUAGAAAAUUUAAGAUCUUCGAAAAAUACGAAUAAAAGUAUACAUUUUGAUUUAUCAUCGUUUCUCAAUGCUACUAAGAAUAUUACGAAGGCCGAAAAAACGAUGUGUUGUAAAAUGCAUGAUUGGUGUUACGAUGCCACAGAAUGUCCUAUAUUCAUGGAAUAUAUUGCACCCUAUUAUUGGAGAUGUUAUCAUGGUUACAAACCUGUAUGUGCCGUAGAACAUGGUAAAUGGGGAGGAUCGGGAUCGUGUGCACAACGUUUAUGCGAAUGUGAUAGAUCAUUAGCAGAAUGCUUACGCCGCUAUCCUUGUCCAACUACAAAGGCUGUUUGUACUUCAUCACCUUGGAGACUAGUACAAAAUCUUUUCAUGAUUAUGUAAUUUCACGUACUGUAUCAAUACUCAUUAAGAAAAUAGUAUCAUUAUACCAAAGAUAGAUUUCAUAAUGAAGCAUAAUUGUUCUCUAUAAUGUAUUUACAGAUUGCACGUAUCUUAAUAGCAGCGUUUACCUCAGGAAUUUAUAUUACAAAAAUAUAAAAUAUGAUUUUGUUUUAGUUUACUCUUAUUUCAUGAAUUAACAGUUCAGAGAAUAGCUGUGUGCAAGUCUUACUCAACGUAUAAUUUAAUAAUUAUUACAAAAUAGAACCUCCUCUUAUGUGCACAGUUCUAUUUUGAUAUUUCUUUGAAACAUCUUGUUCUAUCUGUAAAAACGUAAGGAGCUUUUGAGUAUUAAAUAUCAUAGUGUAUUUAUCAAAGAUAUUAUCAUAAUAAUUUCAAAUAAUACCUCGGUUUGUAAUUCUUUCAUUCUUUGUACUGCAUGAUUCAAAAGAGGCUGCAGACUUAUUAUACGUUCUCCCGCUUCUUUUCUCUUUUGUAUACAAGUGUCUUGAUAUUUUAACAUCCUCUCAACUAUAGCUAAUUUUCGUUGUAGAGAUAAGGUUAAUGUAUCUGCAUAACUGCAAUAAAUAUUUUUUAUU